UGUAACACGGGAUAACGCCGCUCUCCCAUGCCGUUACAGCAUCGUGGCCUUACAUUGUGGUCACUGAGCCGCUCUUUCGCCUGCAGCUCCGUGUAGUAAUGAAAAUGUCGGGAGCGUCAGACGGAGCAGAAAUGCCGGAGAAACGUCCCCCUCCGAACUGGAUCUUGCAGCAUCCCGCGUACCAGCAGAUGAAGGACCUGCAGGUUGGGGACAGCGCUCAGGUGCAUGCAGCUUUUCUUGUGUACAUGGAUCUUACUGAGGUGCGCCGCUGGAAAGAGGUGUCCUGUGUGAAGAGUCCUGAACUGCAGCUGGUUUUACUGGAAGUGAGGGAGAAGGAAGGAGCGCCCGUUCAAACGGUCCUUCCCCUGCCUGUUCACUGUUCUUUGAGCCACAAAAGCAUACGACAGGUGCUGGACAGAGGCUUUCCUAUGCUGCUGUGUGCCGUAGCAGCUGACUCCACGCUCGUCUACCAGAGGAUGACUGACGGGCUGGUGACGCCGGAACCUCCUGUAGGCCCUUUUCAGGAUGUGGGACGUCGGCAGCAGCGGAAGAGACGGCAGCAGCGCUGAGCAGCUGAUUGAGAACACGAUGAAUCGCUGGAAAGCAGAAAGAGGACCAGGAAGAUGGAAGAGAGUCCCAUAUGGCCCUUCAGGUUGCAUAUGUGAUUCUUAGAACAACCCUGGGGCGACCUGUGGCAUCGUGAAGUUGACCUCAGACGCUUGCAUGUUGAUAGGUUAAGGCAAAGAGGUAAAACGAUCUUUAAGAAGCGUGUUACACCCUGCAGGGGCGGGGUUUGUUUGUGGUGUAUGUACACUACAAAGUUGACUAAGAGCUUUGAUAAUGUAUUCAGGGAUACCAUACUUCAUGUGUUUCCAUGCUUCCAUCAAAAGCUUUCAGUGGGGCCGGGGUGAGUCAGCAUCCACAAAACUUACAACUAGUGUUUUGCUCGUUUGUGGUUGAUUGAGAAAUGUUUUCUCAGACAGUCCAAAGACAUGCAUGUGAGGUUAAUGGGUGACUCUAAACAAGCAGCUAAGAAAAUGGAUUGAUAGUUGGAAGUAGAAGCUAAAAAUCUGUACUUUAUGUGGGUGUAGGUUUUGUAUCUGCACUUGGCAUUUCUUAAUUUCUGGUUAAUUUUGUACCUUUUCUGCAUCUAUUCACAUUUGUGUUCUAAAUAUUUUGGGGAAGUGUGUGUGUGUCUGUGUGUGUGUGUGUGUGUCUCCCUGAAAUCUACACCUAUGGUUUAUCAAGAGAUUUGUUUUAAUCAUGAAUUCAUCCAGUGGUUUUGAUGACUUUCUUAAACAUGACUAUUAAGACAUACUAUAAAUGCCAGUCGUUUUAUUUCUUUCAAAUAUGCCUUAUCUUGAAAUGACUCUCAGGUGAGAGAAAGGCCAACAGUGUGUUAUGAUUAGAAAAUGUUUUGUUCAAAAAUGAUUUUUUGUUAAAUUUGGGGGAAAAAAAAUCCAAAGUACAAUGUAAGCAGGCUGUUUUAUUUAAAAAUGUAGCCACAAAUAAAGCUGAGGUUGAGUGUGAUUCGAGGAAUUUUGUUUCAAGAAGGACGAUAAAGGAAACUGUGUGAAAUGGCUGUUUUUCACAGCAGGCGGUUUGACAGGAAAUAGCAGGUAAACAGGUGUUACUGAUGAGACGAACAAAGUUUCUCUUCCAUUUUGGUGCAGAGCUUUAAUUAAUGUGAUUAGUAACACCUGUGCUUACCUGCUAAAGUGUUAAAGUGGCUGCUGAAAAAGGUCAGUUAGUGAGCCAGCGUGUUGCUUUUAGCUUGUCAGUAAAUCUAGGUAGGGUUAUAAGUCUAUUUCCAAACUAGUUGAAGUCCAUCAUUCUGCAGCGAGAAAGAUUAUUUGCAAGUGGAAAACAUUCAGCUGCCAGUUUUCCCAGGAGUGGACAUCCCAGCAAAUUCAUUCUAAGUUCAGACUGUGCAACGCCCAAGAGCCACAUCUCAGACUCCGCAGGCCCCAGUUAACAUGUUAAAUAUUACAGUUCAUGACAGCACAAUCAUAAAAAGGUUGAACAAGUGUGGUUUGUUUGGAAGGGUUGCCAGGAGAAAGCCUCUCUUCUCUAAAAAGAACAUCACAGCACAGUUUAGGUUUGCAAAGCUGCAUCUGAACAAAGCACAAGACUUGUGAAACAAUGUCAUUUGGACAGAUGAGACCAAACUGGAGAUGUUCAGUCAUUAUGCACAGCACCAUGUUUGGAGAAAACCAAACCGCAUUUCAGCACAUACACUUCAUACCAACUGUCAGUGCGGUGGUGAAGGGGUGAUGGUUUGGGCUUGUUUUGCAGCCACAGGAUCCGGGCAGC